AUCACUCUCAAACCAUAAAUUCCAAGUAGACGCAGCGAAUCACGUUUUGUUCGAGCUUCCUCCAUUCUCAAUUUUCAGAAUCGAUUUCGAAGAGCUGCUUCGUCUUUGCUCCACCAAAAUUCUUCACCGUUGUAGUUGUACUCAGCCACUCGGAGACACCGCUAAUCGAUAGUUUAGUUGGCAAGUCAUAAAUUAGUUUCAUCUCUUAAGAUUUCAUUGGAAGCAGUCAAAAUGUCACGGAAGGGUUUGAUGGAACAAGACCUGAGUAAGUUGGAUGUGACAAAGUUGCAUCCACUUUCUCCAGAAGUCAUAUCUCGGCAGGCUACUAUUAAUAUUGGCACUAUAGGUCAUGUGGCACAUGGCAAGUCGACAGUUGUGAAAGCAAUAUCAGGAGUCCAGACUGUGCGUUUCAAAAAUGAGUUGGAGCGUAACAUUACAAUCAAGCUUGGCUAUGCUAAUGCAAAAAUAUACAAGUGUGAAGAUGAACGGUGUCCAAGGCCUAUGUGCUACAAGGCUUAUGGAAGUGGAAAGGAAGAUAGUCCUAUGUGUGAUGUGCCAGGAUUUGAAAACAGCAAGAUGAAAUUGCUGAGACAUGUUUCAUUUGUGGAUUGUCCGGGACAUGAUAUUCUUAUGGCUACAAUGCUUAAUGGAGCAGCAAUCAUGGAUGGAGCUUUGCUACUCAUUGCUGCCAAUGAAAGCUGCCCACAACCACAAACCUCUGAGCAUUUAGCUGCUGUGGAAAUUAUGCGUCUACAGCACAUAAUAAUUCUUCAGAACAAGGUAGACUUGAUUCAAGAAAAUGUGGCUAUCAAUCAGCAUGAGGCAAUUUCAAAGUUUAUACAAGGAACUGUUGCUGAUGGUGCACCAGUAGUACCUAUUUCAGCACAGUUGAAGUAUAAUAUUGAUGUUGUGUGUGAGUAUAUUGUGAAGAAGAUCCCAAUCCCUGAAAGGAACUUUGUUUCUCCUCCUAAUAUGAUCGUUAUUCGGUCAUUUGAUGUCAAUAAACCUGGUUAUGAGGUUGAUGAAAUAAAAGGAGGUGUAGCUGGUGGGAGCAUUUUGAGGGGUGUUUUGAAGGUCAAUCAAUUCAUUGAAGUUCGUCCUGGGAUUGUUGUUAAAGAUGAGAGUGGAAAUAUCAGAUGCACGCCCAUAUACUCAAGAAUAGUUUCAUUGUAUGCUGAACAAAAUGAGCUUCAAUUUGCUGUUCCUGGAGGCCUAAUUGGUGUUGGGACAACAAUGGAUCCCACUUUGACACGUGCUGAUAGGUUGGUAGGUCAAGUUUUGGGAGAGGUUGGAUCACUACCUGAGGUUUUUGUUGAACUUGAGGUAAACUUUUUCCUGCUUCGGCGGCUCCUUGGUGUCCGAACAAAAGGGUCUGAGAGACAGGGAAAGGUAUCCAAGCUGGCUAAAGGAGAGAUGUUAAUGUUGAACAUUGGAUCAAUGUCGACGGGGGCUAGAGUAGUUGCUGUGAAGAAUGACUUGGCGAAGUUGCAACUCACUUCCCCUGUGUGCACUAGCAAGGGCGAGAAGAUUGCACUUAGUCGUCGUGUUGAGAAGCAUUGGCGUCUUAUUGGGUGGGGACAAAUCCAAGCUGGAAUCACUCUUGAUGUCCCUCCCGCCCCCCAACUGAGUUGAACACUGAUAAGAGACAGAUCACAAGAAACACCAGCAGCUAUAAAAACCUGAGACGAAUUUAGAUGUGGGAAGGGAGACAAGUGUUGGGAACCAUUUUUGUGAGGUGGAGAAGAAAACGUUUUGAUUGUCGUCUAUUUUUGUUUUCACAUCGUUAUUGGUUUAUUUUCCCCACUGUACCUAUUAUUGAAGCUGUAUCCUAUACUCUGAUUGAGUUCAGGCUGGGAGCGAGAAUCUCAGCCAGUACUUGUUUCAUUCCAUGGCAUCUUUACCGAUAUUCAAAAAUUGGUUCGCCAUUUGAUACCGUGAAGCAUUUCAUUAUGAAACUACAUAAUAUCCAAGCAAUGGUUGAAAAUACUAGACUCUGGUAAGCACAUUUCCUGUAAUUGAUUGUACUUAUUAUGUGGGGUAUGGAGUUCUGAAGGUAAUUUCUGGGCACCUUAAUUAGAAGGCAAAAUUGUAAAAUUGGUUCCUCACUUUAUCUUCAAUUACGUAUUUGGUCC